CUACAUUUAGCUUGUAUAUCAAAAAACAUUCAAACUUGCGAUAAAAACAAUCAGCAAUAAAAACGUACAAUGGAAAAGAUUUUGAUUGUUUGUGCAUUUCUGGCUCCUUUGCUCAUGCGAGGUUGGUGUCUCCAAUGCUAUGACUGCUUUAACUGCACGGCAGUUAACGCUAACGACACAGACAUCGUAACCUGUGAUGAAGUCCCGCCGAUCCAGGCACCAGAAUGGUCAGCGGCUUGUGAAAAAUUCGAGGGAACCUUGAAUGGAGACUAUUUGGUCGGCAGAGCGUGUUCUUUUGCUUUAAAAGAAACCUGCAUCGAACAAUAUAUUGCUUCGCCAGAAACCAACCUGACUGGGGAGUCUUGCUAUUGUCGUUCAGAUUUGUGCAACGGAGCAGAAUCCUUCAGUUUCAACUUCCUUCUAACGGCUGCGAUUACUUCAACAUUAGUAUCAGUUUUUGCUUACUGAUGGACAGUUUUUGCUCACUAAUGGACAGUUUUCGCUGAAUGUACAUUUUGCUUACUAAUGGACAGUUUUUGCUUACUCAUGGUCACUUUUUGCUCACUAAUGGACAGUUUUUGCUUACUGGACGGAGAUUUUUGCUUAUCAAUGAACAAUUAUUGCUUACUAAUAGACGCUUUUGCUGAAUAAUGUACAUUUUGCUUACUACAAUUUCAAGACAAAGUUUAUUACCAGACAAAAACAUUGCUUCAUUAGCCAAUUUUCCAACUUUGUAACUGUGGCUUUUAUUAUUUUCCAUAGUCUCAUUUGCCUUCAAGAAAAAUUCAUAUUAAUUAUGCUUCGUGUUCAACCGAUAGUACAUUGCAACGCAUCAAUGGCUGCUUGUACAGCGCCUCGUUUAGAGUGUGAAAGCACUUCAUAACAAAUGUAAUCUAUAAUUUUUAAAAUUAUAUUCGUUAAAAUGUCGUUGAUAGUCUGUUACCAUGCACCAAUAGUGCCCCCUAAUGGUGAUGCGCACCAUAUCACCGCCGUCUACCCUUCGAACGCCAAGCCAUUUAGUGUGGCCCUUAAUAACACUCAGAUUCUCCCCACCAAGCAUGAAAUCAUAAUCAAUCAGUGACAAGUUAAGCAGAAGUUUAUUAUUAAAAGUAAACAAGAGAGUGAUGCUCAAAUAUGUGUUAGCCAAGUGAAUAUACGCCCAUAGGUUUCAUUCCCUUUACACAACUUGAUGUAAAGUAGGCGAACAAAAGUAGUUCCCUCUUUAUUGGUACACACACUUUUGGAGCGCCCAAAUUUGUGCGCAAUAUAUAAAAAUAAAUGCUAUUUAAUAGUAAAGUCUUUUGGCCGAGGCGAUGUACUACAAACUAUGAUAUUCUUUCCGCAAAACGUAACUUAGUAAAAAUACGAGCCUCACUGCUUAGAAAUGAAUGCCGUAUCCGGAAAUUUCAA